AUGGCGGCGCAGCACCCGUUCAGCAACGAGGCAUCCUUUGUGCGUGCCGGAAAGAGGCAUCUCUUCGACGCGCACGGGCCCGUCUAUCUCACAGGCCUCAACUACUGGGCAUGCAUGAACCUCGCUGCGGCGCCCGACGCCGGCGGUGACCGCGCACGCCUCGAGGCCGAGCUCGAUCAGAUGGCUGCCGCUGGCAUCAACCACCUGCGCAUCAUGGCCGGCAGCGAGGGCUCCGACUCAGCACCAUUCCGCAUGCGCCCGGCGCUACAGCCGCUUGCCGGCGAGUGGGACGAGCGCCUGCUGCACGGCCUCGACCGCUGCCUCGUCGGCGCCCGCCAGCGCGGCAUGCGGGUCACGCUCGUGCUCGGCAACACGUGGUUCUGGAGCGGCGGCCUGGCGCAGUACCGCGCCUGGGCGCACGGCAGCACCAUUCCGUAUCCGCCGGCGUGGAACAUCUCGGCGCCGCCGCAGCGCAGCGACGGCUUCGCAGGCUGGGGCAGCUACACGGGUGCCAAGGACGGGGCGGCGAGCUACGGCGCAUACAUGCGCUACGUCAACGGCUUCUACGAGGACGCGCCGGCGCAGGGCCUCUUCGAAGAGCAUGUACUGCGUAUCGUGCGCCGCACUAACUCGCUCACUGGUGUCCGCUACGUCGACGACCCGACGAUCCUCGCUUGGGAGCCGAUCAAUGAGCCGCAGGCCACCUCGGUGCCUGACGACACUGAUCCCUGGCACAUGGCGGUGAAGCCGAACGCAAGCGACGCCAUGCUGCACUGGCAUGCGCGCACCACGGCGCUGCUCAAGCGUCAUGCGCCGCGGCAGCUCGUCACGAGUGGCUUCGAGGGCAAGCAGGGCGCCUGGUACUUCAAAGCGCUGCACCGCGAUGCGAACGUUGACUUUGCAUGCGCCCACGCCUGGCCGCAGAACUGGAGCUUCUACAGAAUGGGCAACGCGAGCGACGCGAACCUCGAGGGCGCGAUUCAGUUCGCAACGGACUAUCUCGGCAAUGUGUCCAGCUGGGCGCAGGAGGUCGGCAAGCCUGUGGUGCUGGAAGAGUUCGGCAUGCCGCGCGACAACUGGCACAACGCAGUGCCUCUCUACCCCUACGCGUCGUCGGCGCCCACGACGCACCGCGACGCCCUCUUUGCGCGUGUGCUGGACAAGGCGCACACGCUCUACGCACGAGGCGCAGGCGUGGUGGGCGUCAUGCCGUGGGCGUACGGCGGCGUGUGGCGGCCAGAGACGCAGCGCUUCUCUACGCACGGCGUCGUGUGGGCCGGCGAUCCGAUGCAUGAAGCACCGGGCUGGUACUCGAUCUACGACAAGGACCACACGACGCUGGCGCUGCUGCGCGAGCACGCGCGCAGGACCCGACACACGGCGCCGGGCGCGGCGACGUAG